UGUAGACAUCUGAGAAAACGAUUCGACUAAUGCGCUUUCCACUAGUUAUUUUUAAUUUUAAUUUCAGUUUAUGAUUUAUUUCUUAUGCGGUUUCAGAGGGAUAACACUUUUUUCUUUUCUUUUCUUUUCUUGUCUUUUUUUUAACUACUGGACAUAUCAACCUCAUACACCGAAGGACGGAUCGACAGCCGUGGCAUGAUCGUGUUUUGCUCAUAGAGAAGGUGCAGCCCUCACAGAGAUGACUACAUCACUGUUGCUCCACAGGACAGUCUUGCUGACUGUAGUCGUCUGUAACUUGCCUUGCAUCGCUUCCUCCCUCAACCUGGAGGAUCCCAAUGUCUGCAGCCACUGGGAGAGUUACUCUGUGACAGUGCAGGAGUCAUAUGCCCAUUCUUUUAAUCAGAUUUAUUACACCAGCUGCACUGACAUUCUCAACUGGUUUAAGUGCACCAGACACAGGAUGAGCUAUAGAACAGCAUAUCGUAGUGGGAACAAGACCAUGUACCGGAGGAAGUCUCAGUGCUGCCCAGGCUUCUAUGAGAAAGGAGAGAUCUGUGCUCCUCAUUGUACAGAGAGCUGUAUUCAUGGCCGUUGUAUGGCACCCAACACCUGCCAGUGUGAGCCAGGCUGGGGGGGCUCCAAUUGCUCGAGUGCUUGUGACAAUCAUCACUGGGGUUCCCACUGCAGUAACAGAUGUCAGUGCCAGAAUGGAGCUCUGUGUAACCCUAUCACUGGAGCUUGUAUCUGCACUCCUGGAUACAGAGGUUGGCGCUGUGAGGCGUCGUGUGAAGUAGGCACUUAUGGGAAUGGAUGCCAGCAGAAAUGCCAAUGCCAGAAUGGUGCUGCCUGUCAUCAUGUGACCGGAGAAUGCAAGUGCCCACCAGGAUACACUGGUGCUUUGUGUGAAGAACUCUGUCCACCAGGUAAACAUGGGCAGCAAUGUGAGGAGAGAUGUCCAUGUCAGAAUGGAGGAGUGUGUCACCAUGUAACCGGAGAGUGCUCCUGUCCAGCAGGAUGGAUGGGAACAGUUUGUGGUCAGCCAUGUCCAGAAGGGAGAUUUGGAAAAAACUGUUCCCAGGAAUGUCAGUGUCACAACAAUGGCGUUUGUGUGUCAUCUACUGGACAGUGCGUCUGUAGCCCUGGAUACACAGGAGAACGGUGCCAGGAUGAGUGUCCCCUUGGUACUUAUGGUGCUGCCUGUGCAAAGACAUGUAAUUGUAAAAACAACAGCAAGUGCUACCACAGCAAUGGAAUGUGUCUUUGUGAGCCAGGAUACACAGGAAAGACAUGUGAUGUCCGACUGUGUCCUGAAGGAAUCUACGGCCUGCGUUGCGAUAGGAGAUGUCCGUGCUAUGUCCAGAACACUCGUGGCUGCCACCCGAUAUCAGGGGAGUGCACAUGUCUGCCUGGUUGGUCAGGUCUCUACUGCAAUGAGACGUGCACUCCAGGAUUUUAUGGCGAGUCCUGUCAGCAGGUGUGCCAGUGCCAGAAUGGUGCUGAUUGCCACAGUGUGACUGGAAAGUGUAUCUGUGCUCCAGGCUUCACGGGUCCCAUAUGUUCAGUGCCAUGCCCAGCAGGAACAUUUGGUGUGAACUGCUCCUCCAGCUGCAACUGUAAGAACAAAGCUAAGUGUUCCCCCAUAGAUGGAUCCUGUUCAUGUAAGCCAGGGUGGCAUGGGUUAGACUGCUCCAUCAACUGUCCCAGUGGCACAUGGGGUUUGGGAUGUGAUUCCACAUGCAUGUGUGGGAACGGAGGAGCGUGCAACCCACUGGAUGGUCACUGUACCUGUGCUCCGGGCUGGAGAGGAGAGAGAUGUGAACUCCACUGUCAGGAUGGUACCUAUGGUCUGGAUUGUAAAGAACGCUGUGACUGCAAUCAUGCUGAUGGAUGUCACCACGCUACUGGUCACUGCCGCUGUUUGGCUGGAUGGACGGGUAUCCACUGUGACAGCGUGUGUGCAGAGGGCCACUGGGGUCCAAACUGCUCCCUCCCCUGUAACUGUAAGAAUGGAGCAUCCUGCUCUCCAGAUGAAGGAACCUGUGAGUGUGCUCCAGGAUACAGAGGCCCAACCUGUCAGAGAAUCUGCUCGCCAGGUUAUUUUGGUCACCACUGCAGUCAGACCUGUCCACAAUGUGUCCAUAGUAAUGGACCAUGUCACCACAUGACAGGACAGUGUGAAUGUCUGCCAGGCUUCAAGGGAGCACUGUGUAAUGAGGUGUGUCCCAGCGGUCGUUUUGGGAAGAAGUGCGCCCAGAGCUGCAGCUGCACAAACAAUGGAACCUGUCAUCCUAUUGAUGGCUCCUGUCAGUGUUAUCCAGGAUGGAUUGGCAGUGACUGCUCUCAAUCUUGUCCAACUGGUCACUGGGGACCCAACUGCAUCCAUACAUGUAACUGCCACAAUGGAGCAUACUGCAGCGCUUAUGAUGGAGAAUGCAAGUGCAGCCCAGGAUGGACUGGCCUCUACUGCACACAGCGCUGUCCGUUGGGUUUCUUUGGGAAGGACUGCUCUCAGACUUGUCAAUGUAGGAAUGGAGCUGACUGUGACCACAUUUCUGGACAGUGCACAUGUCGAACUGGUUUCAUGGGGAAAUACUGUGAUCAAAAGUGUCCUCCUGGUUUAUAUGGUUAUGGUUGCCAUCAGGUCUGUGACUGUCUAAAUAACUCCACUUGUGAUCACAUGACUGGUUCAUGUUACUGCAAUUCAGGUUGGAAGGGAGCUCGAUGUGACCAAGCUGGUGUGAUUGUGGUGGGCAGCCUCAACACUUUGACUAGUGCAGCGAUGCAUGUAGACACUUACCAGAUUGGAGCCAUUGCAGGAAUCAUUAUCCUUGUGCUGCUUGUGCUCUUCCUUCUGCUCCUCUUCAUUAUCUUCAGGAAAAAGCAGAAGGGCAAAGAGCCCACCAUGCCAUCUGUGACUUACACUCCUGCUGUGAGUGUUGCUGCUGAUUACAAUAUAACAGGUGGUUAUCCAGCAACAUGUGAGCCCCAUCUAAGCAAUUAUUUCUCCAACCCUAGUUACCAUACUCUGACCCAGUGCAUCAGCCCCCAGUGUGGUCCAAAUGGAAAGGCGAAGAACAACCAGGUUAUUGUAAACGUUAAAAAUAUGGAUCAGAGAAAAUGUGCUCUUCUUGUUGAUCAUACUGGCACACUACAUGCAGAGUGGAAACAUGGGGACUGCUUAAAUCAACUGGGAGCCUAUGGAGGUGAUAGAAGUUACAUGGAGAAAUCUUUAAGAGAUCUGAUGAAGGGCACACCCUAUCAUGCCAGCUCCUGUUCGCUCAGCAGCUCUGAAAACCCAUAUGCCACAAUAAAGGAUCCUCCCAUGCUGAUAACCAAAAACACAGAAUGUGGCUAUGUGGAAAUGAAAUCACCAGCUAGGCGGGAUUCACCAUAUGCUGAGAUUAGCAACAGAAGCCCAACCAAUAACCAGAAUGUCUAUGAAAUUGAUUCAACGGUAAGCACCAUCCAGUCCACAAGAGAUGGCAGUGGCCAUGUGAAGUUCGGGCAGGAUCCAUAUGAUUUACCAAGAAACAGCCACAUCCCCUGCCACUACGAUAUCCUGCCAUCCAGAGAGAGUCCUUCCUCAGAGCUCAAGAAGCUGGACAGUGAAUAAUCCCACAGAAACUCUGAACCAAGAUUAGGCCUUACCACAAGGCUGUAGCUUCAGCACUGUGUCUUCUACAAACUGGCACACUUUGUACUCAUAAAAUGCUAGUCCUUAUGUGUUAUUUUACAAUAUUAUUAUAACUAUGGAUUAUGACUACAAGUUGGAUAUAUACAAUUGUGGUCAAAAGUUUCACUCGUCAUUGUAAUUAUAGUCUUUUUAUUAUUUCUUUGAGCUGUCCUUUUUCAAGGGUAAAAUUAUCAUACAGCAUAAAUCUUUAAUGACUUUAAAAACAAGAUGUUGGUGCACAAGUUUGUAUUUAUUUGGAUUUUUCUCAGAUUCACACAAGGUCAAAAUUAUACAUACAGGAUCAAAUAUAUAAACCUCCUUACCAAGUAACACCUUGACCAUUUAAAUUGGUUGGUUUACUGGUACAGAACUGGCCUUUAUGUGUAGUCCACUGUUUUCAAUAGGGUUGAGUUUGAGGCUUUGAAAAGAUCAUUCCAGAAGCUUUGAUGGAGUUUUGAAGAGAUUUUCUUUGGAAUCAUUGUCUUGCUGACAUACCCAGUGGAAUGUGGUGAGGGCGAUAGCUGAAGCAAAAACUCACGAGUGGGAGCAGUUUGGUGAGGGCACAGAAACAGACUUUCCGUCUGCAUUUUUGGGAAACCACCAGUUGGAGAAAGAGGUACUUUACUCAUAUGAGUAUAGUGUGGGUGGGUUGUUGUUGACUUCAACAGGUUACGUGACAUAGUUGGGUGGUAAGAUACCUUCCUUAGUGGCCAAACUGCCAGGAAUCGAUGAGGUUUGCAGUGAGUUCCUAAAGGCCCUGGGUAUCGUAGGGUUGUCCUGGUUGACUUGCCUCUGCAAUGUUGCAUCGAGAUCUGGGGUGGACUGACAGACCCUGGUGGUGGCCCCCAUGUUUAAGAAGGGAGACCGGAGAGUGUGCUCCAACUACAGGGGUUCAGGCCCACUAGGAAGAUCUAUGCCAGGGUACUGGAGAGGAGUGUCUAUUAACUAAAUCUUGGAUGCAGGAGGAAAAGUGAGAUUUUUGUCCUGGUCAUGGAAUGCUGAACCAGGAGUUUGCCUAACCAGUUUAAAUGUGUUUUGGACUUUGAGAAAGCAUUUCACAGUAUCCCUCAGAAUGUUCUGUGGCGGGUGCUUUGGGAGUAUGGGGUAUACAAGGGAAGGGGAGAAGCUGGUCUGGGAACGCCUCAGUGUUCCCCUGGAUAAGCUGAAGGAGUUGGCUGAGAAGAUGAGGGCAUCCUUGCUUGGGCUGCUACCUCCACAACCCUAGAUAGCACUAGAUAAGCGGUGAUGAAAAUACACUUCACUGUGGAUAAUGACACUAAUAUUCCAGCUGUUUCCAGUUCAUGGCAGGUUGGUGUUUGGUGGCUCCUGAGUUGUUCAUGAACAUUCUAACCAAUUUCAUUUCCUCUGAGGGUGACAACUUGGGUCUUUGGUGGUUACACAUCAAAAUGAUUUGAAUUUACCUAUUGUUGUUUGAAGCAAUAAUCUUGAAACCUGCAGUUAUUUAGAAAUGACUCCAAAGAUCUUUCCAACUUGUGUAAAUCUACAUUUCUCCUCCUUAGAUAUUCACUACGUUUAUUGGUUUUCCAUUUGUCUCAGUAUUUUGUAGCGCAAUGAGUACAAAUCCUUUUUGUGCUAUCAAAGAGAAACUACCUGUUAUAGUCAAUUAUGAUGACCAACAAGAAUUUAAUUGGCCUUUGACUUGCCAAUUAAAAAAAGCAUAGUAGAACCUUCAGCACCACUUUUGUAGUUUGUAUGGUACCUGCAUGCAUGUAUGCAUGCCAGACAAUGUGGAGGCAUGCUCCUAAUGAGACAGCAGAUGGUGUCCUGAGGAACCUCCUCCUGCAACUUGGUAGCAACAGUGCAGGGUUGGACAAUGGAUCCCAUGAUUUCACCUUAAUACCCAAUGGCAGUCAUGGUACUGUUGCCUAGCCUGCAGAGGUCUGCGCAUCCCUCCACGGAAAUGACUCCUUAAGACAGUCACUGACACACCCCCAAAUUGGUGAUGUUAAACAGUGUUACAAGUAGCAGCAUAAUGUUCACAUCUACUCGGGGUGAACCUGCUCUCAUCUGUUGGAGUUGGUCUACCUGUACAAACUCUGUAGGGUUCAAAUAUCACCUCAUGCAAUCAGUAAUGACACUAACCCCAGCCAAAUGCAAAACUAGUGAAAAAACAGUCAAAAGUUGAAAAGGGGAAAAAAGAUCUGACCUCCACCUGUAAAACCAUUCCUGUUUUGAGGUUUCAAUGUUGUCUUUCUAGUGCACCUGAAACUGAUUAACAACUCCCUCUGCUACUUGAGUAACUGGAUCAAUAUGCCAUAAGUGUAAAUGAUAUGAUGCUAUAUUCUCAAGUGUUCCUUUAUUUUUUUAGCAUUGCAUUUCAGCCUAUAUUGGAGGUUGGUUUUCAGGCUUUUUUGCAGCUGUCGCUGUAACAACCAGUGACCUGCCAUCAUUUUAAUUAACAUAGGCCUUCCCAUAACUUUCAAAAUCUGAUGUUCACAAUCCCAAACAAUUCCAGGGUAUGCUGCUAAAAAAAUGUGAGCACUUUGUUUCAAGCUUACUGAAGUAGCUGAGCUGUAGCUCAGGAGGUAGAGCAGAUCACCUGCUGAUCGGACGGUUAGUGGUUCGAUCCUGGCUCCUCCAGUCCGUUGGAAUAUGAAUGUGUCUGAAUGUAGUUAGGAAGCAGUAUAAGUAUAGAAGAAGGUAAUUGUAGCAUGUUGUAUAGAGUGCUUUGAGUUCUCUGGGAGAGUAGAAAAGCACUCUAUAAGAAUCAGUCCAUUUACCAUUGCAAAUGAUAUGGGAUACCCAUCAAUUCUUUUUAUUUUAUUGCAACAGAACUGUAUAUGGGUUAUUUGAUUGAGUUUAAGCAAAUUUCUGAAAGAUUACAUGAUUGGUUUUAAGAUGAAAUGUUGAAGAUUAUAGCAGCUGAAAAUGUAUUUGAUGUUUUUAUAUAGAAAACUGGUUCUUGUAGAGAACCUGCUCCAGUAGUCCAAUUCGUUAGAAUUGUUAGUCUGCCUGCCCAUCGAUCUCACUUACCGGUUCCAGUUGCUCUUGCACUACAAUCAGCUGAUUUCAGUUUGUGUGUCAGACAAGGAAAAUAGCAGCACAAUCUACAGCAUGGAUGUGGACAUUUAUUUUUAUUGCGCAAAAGGACAAGAGUGUGAUGGUAAACUUUAAACUAUAUCAAGACAAAAACAACCACAGUAUGCUGCUAACACAACUUCGGCCUGCACAAAAAGACCUGCACGGACAGCAUGCUAAUGCUAAGCUAGCCAAGAACCAAGAGUGAAAACUAAGUGAAUGCCGACCCCGGCCAAGCACCAAGACCCUUAACAUCAACAGUAACAUACAAAUGAGCAGUCAGGUUGCAGUCUCUAUUUCUACCUGUUCAUGUUUGAAUCACUGUGGUCAUUACUUUAAAGUCUCUUCAUGCCGGUUUUCAUCUUUGCUUUGUAUUCAUACCUAAAUACUAAGAGAAAGAUCAUAUGUGUGUCCUCAUUAGAACAUGUAUUUGUGUUGCUGUGUUGAGUUGUAGUAUCAGGUUUAUCUUGUUAAAUGGUAAUUAUGAGAGAGUGUGUUUCAGCUAUUUUACAGAGAAAGUAAUGUAAUGAGUGGUACAAUGAAUUACUCUCUCCUGGGAGUAAUUAAGUAACGUACAGCAUUUCUUUUAAAAGUGUGAAAAGUGUUCUGUGUAAUAUGUGUAAUAAUUACUUUUUCUGAUACUGAGCUGGGAAAGGCUCCAGCGCCCCCCCGCGACCCUGACAAGAAUAAGCAGAAGAGAAUGGAUGGAUGGAUCCCAAUACUGAUCACAAAAAAGAGCAGAAAUAUCUCCAACAUGCACAAACAUUUGCAACAUGCGCACACUGUGUGAUCAAUAAUGCACACAUGAGAUGUGAUAUAUUUUUAUAUGCUAGCGAUGGUGGUGACUCUCAAAGCAGAGCCAAUGAAAACAUAUUGAUAAGUUUUGAACUUAUUGAACUGGUAAGGGAUUGAAUCGAUAAGUGUUAUCGAUAAUGAAACAGGGAUCACUAAAUUCUCAGCAUUCCUAUCCCUAGUAAUCCUAUCAAAUGCAGUCAAUGUUUUAUCAGUACACAAGUAAACCAAAGUGCCAUUUAAAAAACAUUUUGUUUUUCUGUUUGCUUUUUUGUUUGUUAUUUUUUGUACAUAACACAUGAAGUUUUGAGAUUCUCAUUCUAACAGUGUUUUGAAUACUAUGAUUUUCAGUAAUUUACCACUAAUUAUAAGAUAUUUUCUUUAUGGUGAUUAAAUACAGCAUAUAGGAAAAGGUGAUUGCAUUGCAUUUAAUUUCAAAUUGUAAUGAUUCAUUUGUGAUUAUUCUACUUCAUAAAUACCAUCAGUUAUACAUAUUGCACAGCAGUCACUUUCAUUACUCUGUGGCCCCUAUUGUCAUUUACAACUUUUCUGAGCUAGAUACCUGGCUAUUCUAGCUGUUAUACACAGUUUUAUUUUAAAAAGUAACUUGUUACCCACCCUGCUGCUUCAGGGUCCAUGUUCAAUGGAAUGUUUUCACUUGCUUUUAGCAUGUGAUGUUUAGAUAUUUCACCAAUAAAAUAGGAUUGAUUUUGA